AUGUGUGAUUUGGAGUAUGAUGAAGACAUCGCCAACAAGGUGGUAAAUGCGCUUUCCGGGUACAGGCGCAAAGGUCUCAUGGAAGUUUCCGGGGAGAAUUUGCGUAAAGCGCUAGCCAAUGAGUUUUCCGCCAGUGCUGACUGUAUUGCCAUAGCCCAGAGCCUUUACAACCGCAUUCAGAAGGGCAUCGCCCAACCACAACCCGUUCAGAGCGAUGUUCCCGAGAAUGUCAAGGCCUUCGCGCGAGCUUUGGAUGAUGCAGAGCUGGAAGGGCAAAUUCUCAGAACGGAAACGGGCAGUUUCAAGUUAGAACAGGACUCUGAAAUUUGGGACGAAAAGCAGUUCUACGUGCGGGACUGCUACAAAGAGAUUCCCGACAUCAUGACCUUGAAGUCGAUCCCUCAAAACGCUUUGUAUAUCAUGGAUGCUGACAUUGAUGUGGAGCAUGGGGUCUUUUGCCAGUCUUUGUGGAUUACCUCUGCGCGGAGGCCGGAGACAGCGGCUUUCAACACCGAGCAUUUCAAGAAGGCUAAGAACUGUGUUGGACAAUUCUUUAUGCCACCAUGGACGUUGAAGGAGAUCUUGAGUGAAGCUCUACACAACCUGAAUAAGGAGGUUGUCGAGGAACGCUUCGGCAUCUUUGGUGGCACUGCGAGGCUUGUUUUGCGAAGGGAUGAAGAAGCGGCAUUCAAUGACAAGGCCGAGCUGGUUGAGGCAGUGCAGUCCGGAGAUGCCCUGCAAUGUCUGAAAGUAUCGUCUGACAUGAAAGUCAUAAGCCAGAUGACGCAUUUGCUGGUGAAGAUGCACCCACAGCGGAAUUUUAGCUGGCUUGAUGUGCAGUUGUCGUCUCCCUAUGUUCGGCAAGAGCUGGUGAAGCGAAACAGAGCAAAACGAGCCCAAGCUCUUUGGGAUCGUAUUGAUGAUGGGAUGAUUACGGGCAUCGGUUUUGCAUUGUUUGAGGAAGAGUUCCGCCAGUUCAUGCAGGACAAGUCCAUCGGCAAGUUCAAGCUCCGAGACAGAUGCUUGACAGCUGACGGGAAGGGGUCUGAUACAACACAGGAACUCCAAGGUGGUCUUGAAGGAGUGCUGAUUUCGGGCAAUCCCGCAGCAGACAUCAAGGAUGGCGAAUACUACCAGCCGCAGAGCAAAAACUUUCCUGCCUUUGACUCAUGGACCUCACAGGGCGUUUUUCAGCUGACGAUUGCCGAUACACAUGACAUCACCCAGAAUGACGGUGGCAAGGCAAUGGACGUGAAGAAGACGCAUGCGUAUAAGAUUGUGGAUGCACUUUGCAAGAAGCAUGACAGCAAAGCCAAAUUCUUCUUUGUCGUUCCGCAGUUUCAGUUUGAUAAGUGGAAGACUGUGCAGACAGUGAAACAGCCAGAGAUGGCUGAGAAGAUUGAAACCUUCCGAAGUGAAGUGGAGCAGGGCUGCGUCAUCCUGGUGAAAAACAUACCCUUGGGCCUGGAUUCUCGGGACAUCCGGGACGCCUUCCAAUCAGCGACAGGCGUGGUGACCAGCUGUAAGCUCAGUCACGAUGGCACCGCCAGGAUAUCCUUCGACAGGCCAGAAGAUGCCAAGAAGGCAGUGGCCACUUUUGACCAGGGUGAGCUGAACGAAGGGGACGAAGGCUUCGAGUUUCAAGCGGGGCGGGAAUUGCCUCCAAUAAGGAUCUCCCUGGUGGCUGUGCCUGUGCUCCUGGCUUGCCUGUGCCGUCCAGCGGCUGAGCGGCUCCAUUCCAUCCCCCAACUGCCUGACUGCUCGGGCGGGGUGGUUCACCUGGACGGGACCUACAGGACUACGGCGGUGGUUGAGUACACGGAGGACUGUGUGCUGAAGGGCGCACCUGGCUCUGAGGUGCAUGUUCAGGGCGAGAUCCACUUCCUCAAGAAUGCGCGGCUAGAGGGCUCCAUAAUCUUCCGGAGGGCACGUGAUGCUUCCGAAGGCCACAGGUGUGUGGAUGUGGAGGGCUCCUUGGAAUUCGUGAAUCCUGAUAUCGAAUUCCUGAAUUGUGGGAGCAAGGAGACAGAUGACGGUGGUGCCCUGUAUGUGGAGGGGCCAAUGAACAUUAGCAACGGCAGCGUGACAUUCCGCAACGGGACUGCAAAGUGGGGAGGGUGCCUCGCUGUUGUCAAGGAUAUCACCAUGGAGGGGGGCGAAGUCGUGUUCGAGGACUGUCAUGCUACACAUGCAGGGGGCGGUGCAUGGUUGCACAACAACCUCCUCCAGCUGGGUGGCCACAUACGAUUUCAUAACUGCAGCGCACAGUACGGAGGCGGCUUGACGGUCACAACCGGCUCCAUUCGCCAGCUCUAUGGGAACAUGUCGUUGCAUAGCUGCGUUUCUCAUCUUGGCCGCGGCGGUGGCAUCUACGUCGAGGAGCAAUUUCUAGAGCAGCGCGGCCGUUUGGAGGUGACAAAUUGCGGCAGCCUGGGCUUCGGAGAUGGUGGGGCUGUCCGGGCGGAGGCUUAUAUGGGCUACGGGGAGGCACGUUUUGAAGGGUGCUUUGCGGAUCAUGGGGGCGCCAUGAGCCUGGAAGAGUUGAGGCACCACAAAGGCAACAUGAGCUUUGUCAAUUGCCGGGCUGCAAGCGCGGGCGGCGCAGUCCACACCUUCCGCUUGCGCCAAGAAAGCGACCUCACGGAGUGCACGUCUUCUUGGCGGCGACAUCGUGACCGCAGAGCCAGGAACCGUUGCAUUUUGUUCAAAAAAAUGAAGAGCUUGGCGAGGAUGUCUUUUGCUUCGUGUUCAGCUCCUCGUGGGGGAGCAGUGAAUGUUUACAGCCUUCGCCAAAAAGGCCGGAUGAGCUUCCAGGAGUGUCGCGCCGAGACAGGCGGCGCAGUUGACAUGACGGGCACCCACUUUGGCAAGGUCAGCCUGAAGCAGCUCAACCGCCCUGUGUUUCGCGGCGGUGGCGGGGUGGACUUCCACGGAUGCACUGCGAACACUGGAGGUGCUCUCCACUCGCCUGGAGACGUGCUACUGAAAAGGGGUGCUGUGUACACCUUCCGCGACUUGUUUGCUGCUGCAAAUGGGGGCGCUAUGGUUGCCAGAACUUUGAGGUCAGCGGCGCAGGCGCAGUUUGUUAACGUGACCUCGAAGACGGGGAACACCAUUGCGACCAGCCGAGAUUUGUGGAUGGACCACACCACCUUCAUCAACUGCACAGGCCCGCAGCUCUCUGCAACCGGCCACCUUCGGCUCAGGAACUGCUCCUUUGUGGGCCUGCAGGAGACACUUUGCCUGGCCGGGAGCCUGCGGCUGACGAACGUCACCUGCAACAGCGGCCUCGCUGGCUCUGUGGGGCCCAUGUCAGCCAGCUGUGCGCCCUGCGACUUCAAAAGUGUUCAGGUGUUUGGGAAGGCGUUGCUGGACAACCGCCACGCUGGGCCCCAAUGCGUCCAAGUGCCUGAUGCCACAGCGGAGGUGGGGCUCAACUAUUUGCGGCUGGAGAGAGGCAGCAUGGUGGAGCCGGCCAACAUCAGCCGCAGCUUUCGGUGCCCCUUCCGAAUGGCGUGCGUCGGCGGGGAGGUGACGACGGAGAAGUUUGGGGCCAUGUGCCGCACGGGGUACCAGGGCCGGGGCUGCGCGCAGUGUAGCGAGACCCACGCCCAGUCAGACAUGAGCCCGCUGGAGUGUGUUCGAUGCGCAGACUCUCCCACCCACCAGCGCUUUCAACUGCUGCACUUUUUGAUGCCAGACCUCGUUGUGUUCGCCUUGUCCGCGUCUGGGGUGACAUCGGCAACUGGCAGACAGAAGGAAAGCACGGUGCUGAUCAAUCAGUUCAUGUCCUACGUGCUGGUGGCUGGCUCAGUGCUUCAGGCGGUUCGGAGCACCGACACCUUCAAGCUCUGCCUUGGCCAUGUGGAGCCGUUGAUGGAGGCCCUGUUCAGCGUGGUGGAGCUUGGGGAGGGCUCCACCGGGGAGAUUUCCGCCGAUUGCAUGCUGCGGGCCCUGGGCUUGCCCUCCAGUUGGCAGGCCCGGACCCUGCUGACGCUCUCGAUGCCGGUCUGCGCGGUCUUGCUGCUCAUGGUGGUUCGUGGCCUGCGAGUGGCGGCGGUGGUGGGCGUGAACUGCUUUCUGGUGAAGUUCUGCGUCUGCUUUGGCCGGUACCUGGUGUGCUACCGCCUCGAGCCGGAGCAAGUGGGGGGCAUGGUGAUUUGUGAGGCGCGUCUCACCCCGAUGUCCUUCACCACGCUCCUCGGCGUCAUUGCGCUGGUGGUGCUCGCAGCCCCGGCCUCCUGGUGCAUGCUGCUCCAAAAUGAGGCGAACAGCCAGGACGCCUUCUACUUGUACUUGACCGCGUCUUAUCGGGAGGAGGUGAAGAUGUGGGAAGUCACGCGCUUGGCGCGCAAGACCUUGCUGGCUCUGAGCUGCGCUGCCUUCCCAAUCAUGGUGCACCCCUUGACGCAGAUCACCUGCAUCAGCGUGGUGCUGCUGGUGGCGUUUGCCCUGGAGUCCCACUUCUCCCCCUACAAGGCACAGAGUUGGAACCUCCUGGAGAAGUUCCUUCUGCUCAGUGCCAUGGCCACGGUCGACGUCACCGCCUUCUUUUUAGCCAAUGAGGGGAACUGGUCGGCCACGCAGAAAGGGCAGGGCGCGCUGCUCUUUGUCAUCCUGGGGAUGACCAUGGUGCCUUUGUACUUUCAGGUGUCGCUAAUUCUGAGGCAGCUCUUGAAGGAGCGGGGAAUGCGCAAGCAGGCGGCGCCGGCAUGA